AUGGCAGUCUGCCUUGCGAGCUCUGCGGCGGCGCGUUCAGCACAUAACCUUUUCGAGCGACAAACGGUGUCUGCAUGUCCUGUAUCAAAUUUCGUUCCUUGUUCUCGAGCUGGUCUGCCAUCAGAUUUCUGCUGUCCCACGGGCCAAACCUGCAUACCGCUGGCCGCGAAUACCACGGUCUUGUGCUGUCCUAACGGCUCAGACUGUACCGUCAUCAAACCGAUCGUUUGCGAUAUACAACAACAAAAUAUCACUGCACAUCCAGACAAUACCUUGAAAACAAUAAAGCUUAAUGUGGCUCUGCCAACCUGCGGGUCCAGUUGCUGUCCGUUCGGCUUUACCUGCAACACAACCGGAAACUGCGUAAAGAACGCGGACCAGACUAUCCCACCUGAAGGAAGCACAUCUUCAGCACCAUCCUCAACAGCGACUACCACCUCAAAACCCGCCUCAACACCCUCCUCCAACACAACCGCCCCCCUCCCUCUCACAGCACAAUGCAACAAGUUCCCUGCGAUCGCCGUCGUAGCAGGUUUCUUCCCAGGGCUCGCCCUCGGCGCUGCUCUCGCCCUCCUUAUUGCCUCAUUUGUAGGCCUUCAUAAGAGAAAAGAGCAUGUAAAACGCCGCUCCGGCUCCUCCUUCGGGAACAUCUCAGACCCGCAACCCACGAGCGACAUGCGCACCGAUUUCCUGCGCAAGCCACCUCCAACACCCUCGACCACACGCAGCGCGCCGACCCGACGAAACACAAUCCAAAGAGUGCGCUCAAUAUUCGGCAAAUCGCCGUCUCCAAACGGCCUACCAGCUUCUCCCGCACCACCAAUGCCGCUGAAUAUAAGAAGGCCGAUGCCACAGGAGCAGAGGCCCGUGACACCGAUCAUGCAGCGCGAGCCGAGUUAUGAGGAUAUCAGUAUCUUCACGGACGGCAACACGGCGAGCAGUUUAAGAGAGCAGGGACGGCAAAAUGGGAGGUUGCAGGGGGGAGGAAAUGAUGUGAGGGCGAGCCAUCAGACUACGUUUAGUGAUAUGAUGGAUCGCAGUGGUGUGCCGCCUGCUGGCUUGAAGAAGAAUUCUCCGUAUGUCUACAAAGGCUCGCCGACGUACAAUUCGCCGGGGAGUAAAUGA